AUGCCUAGCCUUAACAAAAGAUUAGACAGAGCCUGUGAAAAUCUAGCAGCACAAUGGUAUAGCUGUUCAGCCAAUGAUGACUAUGAGCGCUCGACCGCUUUCCAAGGCUGUUGUUCAGUGGAUCCAUGCCAUCUUCUCGCAUGUCCAGAUCAAGAGAGCAUGGUAACAAAGUCAAAUCCAUCUUCCAUCGCCACACCUACUAUUCGUAUGGAGACCUCGUCAACAAUCUCAUCAACGACAGCCUUAGUCAACAUGCUCAGUGCUACUACAUCUGCAGCUUUGUCGCUAACGAGCAGUGGUGGCGAUAGUUCAUAUCAACCAACACCAAUUACGGCCUCAGCAAUAGAAGAGUCUGGAAUAAAAUUUCCAACGACAAAAUCCGAUAUCAUAAUUGCCAUUGCGGCGGCCACUGCAAGCGGACUGCUCAUUGUCGCUAUCUGCUUGUGUCUAGUCAUGCGCCAUGGGUGGGGGCUACAUGAUUGGCGAUGUGAUGUGAGCAGGGAUUCUAUGAGAGAAAAAAAUAGGGUACCUGGCAUGACCUUGCUCAACCACCAUGACAGUAGCUUGGAAGAUUUUGGCGGACGUUGUAAUGACUUCAGCAACUUCAAUGGUUACAGAAACAGUAGCAGCAGUAGAGGUGUGAGUCACGCUGGUCAUUCGCACUCAAUUUCUGCUAUGAACGACAAUGAUCAUGAUAAUGCGCCUCUACCUGAUUUUGAAAAAAAUCAGCUCGUGGAACCUCCGAUAGACGCGCACCCCGCUUAUCGGAAUUCCUGUGGCUGGUCGACGGUUUCGUUACAACCCUCCAGGCUAAUCUCGUGCGAAUUCUCGUCGCCGCAUCAACUAAACACCAUGUAUUCACCAAGGAUAACACCGAUCCCAAGCCAUCUUUUCUCUGAAACUCGACAUCUUGUUACGACAGAUAGUUACGACAAACUCCUUCAGAAAUGUCACUCGUUACCGCCAAGCUACAACGUGCCAUUAAAUUCGCACAAAUACGGUACCCUUGCAUCGAACCAAGGAUAA